AAAUGACCACAAGAAUGUGACGGCCACUAUGAUCUCAAAUCUUCUGUUGCCUAAGAUUCAGAAGCAGGUGACCUACAGUGUGGAAAUGGUACAAGCCGACGUAAAAAGUGCCUGGAGUGUCGAUGUGAGCUACAAGAAGGCGUGGCACGGGAGAAAAAAAGCCAUCGAACGUCUGUAUGGCACGUGUGAAUCGAACUUCGCACAACUCCCCCAGUUUUUUGCUGCGGAAGGGGCGAAUCCCGGCACAGUCGUUGAGUGGGAAUGGCAGGAUGGGGAAAUGGCUCAUCGUUCUCGAGACAGAGAAUUCAAAUUUGUCUUCUGGGCGUUCGGGCCCGCCAUUCGAACCUUCCAUCUUUGCCCGCCGAUUAUUAGCAUCGACGGCACGCACCUGCGAG